AUGGCGCCCAUUGCAUCCACCGUCUCGUCGCAUGCGGAAGGAGUGUCUGACACUGCGAGGGCUAGAGAGCUGUACAAGUACUACCAACCAUCUGCACCCAUCAAUGCCGAUACACCAUUCACUAUUGAUCCGAUCUCUUCUUCCUCUUCCACUUCUACCCGCGAUGACCCCUCCAUAAAUACUCCUGUCCAUUCAGACAUCACGUCCUCCAAAAUAUCCUCUCCCGAUACUGCCUUGACUGCCUUUUGCCAGCUCACAGCAUGGCGAACCGGAGCGCAAAGGGCCAUGAUAGGCCUCAUCGACGCCGAGACACAAUAUUUCGUCGCAGAAAGCACGAGGACCAUUGAUCUGGUAGACGCAGCCCAACAUGGACCUGGAGAUGAUCUGUGGUUGGGUUGCAGCAACGUUUCCAAGUCUGGCAAACUAUGCGAGAGGACUAUUGCAGUUCCCCCAACACGGACCGGGGAGUAUCCCUCGUUUGUUGUUAACGACCUUCUCAAAGAUGACCGAUUCAACCAGUUACCUUUCGUUCAAGGCCCUCCCAAUCUUCGCUUUUAUGCAGGAGUGCCCCUCAUAACUAAAAGAGGAAUAGGAAUUGGCAGUUUAUUCAUUGUAAACGACAAGGUUCAAGAUGGACUUCCCAAAGACGACCUCCACUUCAUGGGUACCAUGGCACAGACUAUAAUGAAACAUAUGGAGAUGGUUUCGGAAGUGGAGCAACACAGGCGGGGCAUGAAGAUGUCUCGAGGCCUGGCCUCAUUUGUUGAGGGCCGCUCUGAGCUUGUGGAAGCAGACGUGGAUGCCGAAGAUGGAGAGGGGACGCGCAUUGUAGGCCAAUUUGAAACCGACUCGAUUAUCACCAAAACAAAAUCAAAAAGCUCGCGCUCGCAGUCGCAGCGGGAUUCAGUCGUUUCUGUGGGAUCUGUGAGUAGCGUUGAACGCAAGGAGCAAGAAUACGCCAGUUCCUUGGCAUCUAGAACGGAAGAGGUCUUAAUAGCUGCAUAUGCCGAUGCGGAUGACCCCAGCCAUCGUCCGGAACUCACAAGCACAACACAUCCCAAUUCCUCGACAUCUAUUGGAACCGCUUUUACCGUCUCAUCGCCACAGGACAACGACAGGUCUGGUGCGACUCCUGGAAGCGAGACGUCCGAAGAUUCGGCACAAAAGAUUAUAUGUUCACGGGCCGCAAACCUUAUCAGAGAGACUUUUGAGGUUGAUGGUGGUUGCGUCUUUUAUGAUGCCCAAGGAGGAUUUGCCAACGACUCGCAAGGGAUGCCAGAGGCUAGCGACGCAUCAAAUCGAGACGACAUGCAAGAUAGUACACCGGAUGGUCAAUUUGGGAGCGGCGACGAAGCUCACUCGUCGAAUGAGAUGUCUGCUGAUGAUGUUCCUUUUCCAGCUGUGCCAUCCCCUGGUUCCCCCGGUCUCGGCGUUCGUUCAUUUUCUCAAACUACUACAGCGUCCAAGAAGAUUGUUGAUGUUUUGGGCUUCUCUACUCCGGGCGCUGCCUCGAUCCAUGGCGAUGAACUACCCGGGUAUCAAACUUUUAAGCCUUUUGAUGAGAAAUCACUUCACACCCUAUUGCGCCGCUACCCCCGAGGGAAAAUGUGGACCUUUGAUUCAGAUGGAGCAAUAUCUUCAUCAUCCGAAGAGGAGCAAUAUAAGCCUAUUAGCAAAGACCCCAUGCAACGUCAAAAGGAUGCGAACAGGCGUAAAGCUAGAAGUGAAAAGGCCAAGGCCGAUUCCAAAUUUUUGUCUCGCCACUUUCCUGGCAUACGGCAGCUACUGUUCGUUCCGCUCUGGGAUGCGGGACGCUCCCGCUGGCUAAGUGGCUGCUUUGUAUGGUCCACAGAGGUCACGCGUAUUUUGUCAAAACAGAAUGAACUUUCCUUUUUGUCUGCAUUUGGCAACUCCGUCAUGGCGGAAUGGUCACGAAUUGAUACAGAAAUCGCAAACCAAAAGAAGGGAGACUUUAUUGGGAGUAUAUCUCACGAACUACGAUCUCCUCUUCAUGGUAUUCUCGCAAGUGCCGAGUUCUUGGGUGAUGAGGUUAAGAGCACAUUUGAGCAGAGCAUGGUUGAGACAAUAUCCAGCUGUGGCCGGACGCUCCUUGACACCAUUAAUCACGUGCUAGACUUCUCCAAAAUCAAUCACUUCGAGAGAACAUGGCGAAAGAACAAACGGCGCGGUAACCGGCCUGGUACUUCAUAUUCAAUAAAAUCAGACUUGCCCAUGAUUAAUCUCUAUGCCGAUAUUGAUAUCUCGGUCAUCUGCGAGGAAGUCGUGGAAAGUGUCUUUGCUGGUCACAUCUUUCAAAACGGCACUGCUGCUAAUUUCGACAUGGUCCGAGAUACCCGGGACCAGACGAAUAGUACUCAAAUACGGGGUCCAACAAUUUCCGAGCCUUUGCUCGGUACAAGCACACUGCAACAGCCCAAAGUUUCUGUCGUCUUUGAUGUCGACGUGCAUAAUUAUCAAUUCACAACACAACCCGGAGCCUUUCGGCGUGUUGUCAUGAAUCUUCUUGGGAAUGCGCUCAAGUAUACGUCGCAUGGUUAUGUGAGAAUCAAACUAGGCUGUUCACCAAUGGAUGACUUUCAAGAUCCAGAUACAGGAGAGGUUGUUCCAAGAGCUAUGGUGUCAUUGACAGUUACGGAUACCGGUAAAGGCAUUGCGCCAGAGUUUUUGCGCUCGAAGCUUUUCACCCCGUUCGCACAAGAGAACUCUCUCUCAAGCGGGACAGGUCUUGGUUUGGCUAUUGUCAAGAGUAUCGUUCACAUUCUUGAAGGCGAUAUUAGAAUUGAGAGUGAAGUAGGAAGGGGCACUCAGGUACGAGUUAAUCUUCCUCUACUUCGUCAACUGCCCAAACAUGUCGACUCUGCAUCUACAAAUACGCCCAAGUCUAUAAAUUCUCUUCCGCAUGAGCCAGAGGAAUCCAUAACAAAGUUACGAUUUCGCGUACAAGGCCAGCGAGUCUCGCUACACGGUUUUGACAUAGAUUCCCCGGAUCCUGCCGUGAAGAAGACGGGAGAGCUCUUAAAGGCUUCGGUUGCGCAAUUUGUCACUGAAUGGUUUGGCCUACAGCUGGUUCCAUUAGGGCAGAAAGCCGGUAUCAUUAUUUCCAACGAGGCCAACGCCGAUACCGUCUCACAAAUAAUCCAUCACUCCCGCAUCACCCACAACAAGCGGCCAUCGAUAGUAGUGCUUUGCUCUCACACAUCCCGCUUUGAUCGCACAUCUUUUCAAACCGAUUCAAGAUCAAACGUCGGAUAUGUGGUCAAGCCAAUUGGCCCUCUCAAAUUAGGGAAAGCGAUCGCGCAGUGUCUAGAAGGAGUGAGUCAGGCUACACCCAACCCACUCGAUGCUCCGCAACCAGAAAGCGACUUGAGCAACAUGUUUGAAGAGAUGUCACUCAACCCAAAACGAAGCGAAGUAUUGGACAACAGUCGGAUGGCAGCAGACAGUGAUAACGCUCGGAAGGUCAUAGAAAGUCCAACUCCAAAUGCAUUAGAGAUAGCGGAGUAUCCCUUCCCGGUUCCAGAGAAACAACCCACUAGUCCCGAGUUGAAAAAUGUGCCAGCGGCGGAGAAACCAGAAAACAAGCCUCCAGGGCUUCGAAUUUCCGAGACUGCCAUCAACACUAAGCUGCCUAGUAAGGACGUAUCAUCCCCGCAAAAUCCCAAACCAUCAUUCCUCCUUGUCGAUGACAACGCCAUCAACCUCACCCUCCUGUCAACCUCAAUCGGUAAACGCAAACACUCAAUUAUUGACACCGCCAUGGACGGCGUCGCCGCCGUUCAAAGAUACUCGGAUCGCGAAGAAGGCUACGAUAUCGUGUUUAUGGAUAUCUCGAUGCCGUUACUCGAUGGUUUUGGAGCUACAAAAGAAAUUCGCGCGCUUGAACAACACCGCAAGAUGAACUCUACAGCUGGAAAUGGUGCUAGUGGGAAAGGACUUACGCCAGCGCUGAUCAUUGCGCUCACUGGACUGGCUUCUAGUGAGGAUCAAGCUCGAGCGGCUGCUGUUGGAGUUGAUUUGUUUUUGACCAAGCCUGUUAGUUUUAGAGAGGUGAAAAAGAUGUUGGAUAAUUGGGAGGCGAAUAGGAUAAAGUGA